GAAUAAAAGCCUUCUUAGAACCUGCAUUACAGAGUUAAAAAACAUAUUAAAAUACAACUUUUUAUAUUUUUGAUAAUAGGAAAAUAAUUUUUAAAAGUAGAAAUUACUAGAUAAACAUUUCUAUAAAAUUAUUUGAGUUCAAAGCUUGUUGUAAGGUUUUUUAGAAAAUUUAUGUUUAUUAAUGAGCAUAUUUAUUAUCCUGUUCCAAUUAAUCCACGUGACAUUAUCAUUAUUUCAUCACAGUAAUUUAUUAAUCAUUAUCAUUAAUAUAGUUCAUUUACAAGAAGUAUUAUUGUAAGCUUGUCUCAAAGUGUUAAUCAACCAUUUUUUUUUAAAUUUUUAGAAUUUUGCCAGAUGAUAAUUUAGUUUAAUCAAAAAAGACACAGUCUGUCCAAAAAUAUUUUUUGAAGCCACCAUUUAUUCUAUUCAUGUGUUCCAGAACACCGUCGAUGACCAGACCUUUCUUUAGAGGCUACUAGGCUGUCAGGUUAAAACAUUCCUUAAAAAACACACACAAAAAAUAUCCAAUUAAAACAAAAAGUUAAAAAAAAUUUUACUUUAACUUGUUUUUCAAAGACAAACAACCCAUUUGUCUUUGAAAACUUUUAAGGUUUACAAUGCAAGCAUCUAAUAAGGUUGAUAAUGAUCAAAUUAUGAUUAUUAAAAUAUUUAAACUUCCAAAAAAUAGUUUGUUUUUUUUUUUGGAUGGAUGACAAGAUAAUUGACGACAAGAGUUUUUAUGCCAUUCGAGUAAAUUGGUAGUUUAUGGGGAGAGAAUCAUAUGUGAUGGAUGCUGAUGGUUAGAGGAAGGAGGAUAAGUCUUUAGUGAUGUAAGAUUGCAUCCGUCAUUAAUUUUUCUCCCCAGUUGUCAUACAAUUGAAAAUUAUUCCUGUGUAUUUGCAAAUGGCUUUAACUUACGGUCCAAUGAAAUAAUUUGUUGUAGGACACCUUAUUUUCUUAUGACUGUUGAUGAUCAGGGUUUGGGAUCAAAUGGCAAAUUUUUGCUGAUGUAAUAGUUGAGUGUCCUCCCAUAAGGAAAGUAAUUAUUGAGAAGAAAUUAAUUGUACAAAUGGAAACAUUCCUAAAUUAGCUCUCUCAAAACUGACAUCCUAGAUGAACAUUGCAAUUGUUGUCUCUAUUUAAGGAUUGAAUUUGGUGUCCACUUUACAUUUUAUAUUAUGCAAUUGCCUAGUUUGUUUAUAUAGUUGAGCUGUUCCUAUCUAACAGCCAUGUUAACUUUGAGAAAGUUCAUUGAUAAUUAUGUACUUGAUAGAUAUUUUUGUUUUAAACUAACAAAUUGAGAAUUAAUUUUUGUUUAGUCAAUAAGAUAUUUUAAGUGAUCACAGCAAAUACUUUUUUGAUAAUGAUUAAUAUUUCAUUUGACAAAAUUAUUGUUAUGAUGAAGCAAAAUGAUAACAAUUUAUUAAAAUUAUUUUUUAUCUUUAUUUUCUUCAUUUUGUAUAGAUGUCACAUAUGUUUACUAAUGGUAUUACGCUGCAACAAGAAUUACCCAAUCUCUGUUCUACAAAUGGUAUCAAAGGAAAAAAAGUUGAAAAGGUUUACGAAAACUUAUUUUGGAAUAUGACACUUCUUAGUGUACAUAUUGAUAAUUUAAGGGCAACUACUGAAGAAGCUUCUCGUGCUGUUCAACAGGUUAAAAACCUGGGGUCAGUUCUGAACAGAAUUUUCCAAAAAGAAAAAGAGAAUAUCAGUACAGCCUCUUCCGAAAACAAAGCUUCAACGAGUACAAUACUGACGAGCCAGUUGCUACCUCCUGUCCAACAAGUUCCACUAACGCCGACUUCUCCCUGUGAUGGAAGGCUCAGAGGAAUACUGAAGAAGACCUAUUCUUCCCCCAUUACACCGAGCACAUCUUCGAGGGAAAAGACAGAAAAUUUUUCCUACCACAAUCCCUUGGCCGAUGAGAGAUAGUAGACUCAACCCACAUGAAACGAGCAAAUAAACACAUAAAAUGAACGGACUUCCAUUUAUCAUGUGAUAGUUACGUUUUUUUGUUAGUUCGAUGUUUAUGUUUAAACUAAUGGAUAUCUGUCUGGCUGUACAUAGAAACCUGUUCCCAUUUAAAAUGUUAACAGUGUGUAUAUUAUCACAUUUAUAAUGAUCACGAUAUUCCUUCUUUCAUUAUUCCCAGUUGAACUGGAUAGAUUGUUGUGAUAUAAGUAGUUACUGCCUAGUCAGCAGGUGCUAUCACUCAUAGAACAGUGUUUGAAUAUUAGGAAUAUUUACACUACACCUCGAUCUCCUUUUGCAUGUGUAAAGAUCUCAUCAUCAAUAUCAUUUGUACAUGAAAAUAUAUCUUCCAAAGAGAUGCGCCCAAGUCGAUCAAGGUCGCCACAAAUGCCGCAGCUAGUUGCAACUACCCGUCGCCCCACACGUUUUCUUUUUAUUAUCGAGUUUCAAACUUUGAAAAAAAUAUAUAUUUGUUAUAGUGCGCACAUUUUAUUUUUGUUUCUAUAAUUUAUUAUUUCUGCUAACAGUUGCCAAAGAGGAUCGUAGCAAAGAAUAUAUUAAUAUUUUUGAUGGCGUGUAAACUUCUUUUAUAACUACUUAACAUAUUUUCUUUGUUAAAUUAUUUAAAAUUGAUAUAUUGUGUAAUUUGUAUCUUUAGCUGUCUUAGGUCCACAAUAACAAAAUCAUUAUUUAAAUUCUAAAUGACAGGGGCCAUACAUUUCUCUCUCAAAGAUGAUUCUAUGAUUAAGAAAGUAGUAAUUUUAUUUUAAAAUCAUAAUAUGAAGGAUUAGAUCGAAUUAGUACAGUACUGAUGUAGUAAAACAAUAAUUAACAAUCAUACAGAAAUUUUUUAUUUUUAAUAACAUUUUUAAGUUUUCUUGUUUUCUUCAACAUCCAAUGUACAGAUGCUAUAGGUUGUCCAAAAAAUUACUGCUCAGUGAGAAAUUUGUAACAGCAUUAAAGUUAUACAUACAGUAUUGCAUAUGACACUUGUAAGUUGUCCAUUCAGUACCAGUUGACUAGUUAUACCUACAGUAUUUUAUACAACUUAGUCUCGUAUGGAAUAGUAUAUGUAUAACUUUAAAUGCCAUUACAAAUUUAUAACCACUCAGUAACUUCUUGGUUACUCUGUGCUUGAAUUUUCUUAUAUAAUAACUACAUAUUUUACAUUUAUUAGUUAAGCAAACUCUGGUUUAAAUUCAAACAGCUGAAUUAUUUUUAUAAAUUAAUCUGUCAAAGAUGAAGCAGUUAAGUAUUGAAACAUAGAGUAUAUUGCUUAUAAUCUAUGUUCUGUUAUUGCCAUGUUUGCAUUAGUUUAAUACUUUGAAACAAUUAACGAUACUACUUACUCAUUUAACUCUUUCCAAGAGUUAAAUAAGAUAAUGCAAGACGAUCAGGUUGCUUCUUUCGUGUAGUUUGGAUGCCGUGUCCCAACUGUAUCGACUCUUAAGUUAACAGAGCUUUUACAAAUUACAUGAUAUAUCACACUGUUAGCUUAUCAAUUGAAGUUUUAUAAAAAAUUUUCUAGUCUGUGUUGUGUUACAUUUCAAAAACUUUAGCAGAUAUCAGAUGAUGAUGGUAGAGAGAUUUCUGACAUGACGGCAUCACGAGAGUCAUGUUGCUUAGAUCACGGAGAGAGCAAAGACUUCCGAAAUAUUCCCCCGUUGCAUCCGUGGAGAUAAAGAAAAGCAUGUUUUAUUGUUGAUCCAAAUGAUGUUGAACUAGUUUAUUUUUGUUGUUCAUUUGUUGCAUCUUUUAGAUAGUUUAUUUUUUUUAGUUAAUCCCUAAAAAUCAUGCUCAAAAUGUGACAUAUAUUUGUUUUUAUUAUUCCCUUCUAUUUUAAAAAGAAUAUGUUUAAAUUUAAAAAAAAAAAGAGUGAGAAGCCAUUAAGAAUAUUUUUCAAAGACCCACACAUGCAAACAAAGAUUUAAAAAAAAAAACAAACAAAAACAAAAAAUGGUUUUUUAAGGAGAGAAAAAUGCAAGUUUAGUUCUCCAGAAUACAUAUUUUUGAGCUUGUUAUAAACUGUUUUAUACAGUAAACUAUACAUAUUAAAAAGAAUAUAUAUAUAUACAUUAUAUAAUGGAUUUUUGAAGAAAAAAUAAAAUAUUUAUAAGUGUUUACUAGACUGAAACUAGAAAAAUCAGAGCAAUAGCAAGGAGAUGUAGGAUCAUAAGAAAGAAAUAGAUGUACAGUCGAAAUUUUGUAAAUUUAGAUGUAAACUACCAAGAAAACAAGUAAAACUGUAAAGAUUUUACUUUGAAAAAAAAAAACAAUAAUUUUUUUUUCUUCUGUUGAGUUAUGUAUAAA